UAGGGACCCAGAGAAUGGUAGGGCUGCAACCAUGAUGAGCUGUGAGCCAGGACACCUGGGUCAGGAAGGGGUGGGGAACUUGAGGAAAGGAGCCAGGGUGGCAAACACCCAGCUUCCCUGGGACAUUCAAAUGGCACCUGUUGCCACAGACUGAAUUAGGAACGAGGGUGGAAUGUAGAGUUUAUUGUCUCCACAACCACUGGCCCAGCCUGUUUUUGCUGUCCCCCGCCCCACUAACAGGAUAAAGGCUGGAUGUCUUGGGGCUGUGGGAGAUGCUAGAGCUGAGCAAGAUGCAGGGCUGCAUGGCACGGAGCUGGGCUCCUCUGGGCUUGCUCCUGGUUUGUCUUCAUCUUCCAGGCCUCUUUGCCCGGAGCAUCAGUGUAAUGAAGGAGAAAGUUCCCCAAGACUUGGGGACCAACUCACCUCUGCUCGGACGACCUUUCUUGGCCAGCCUCUCCAACUCCGAACAUCCCCAGUCCAAACCAGACCCUGGGUCCAACGAUUUAGCAAGGGCUCCUCUGAAGACCAAUGCUUCUCCAUCAGACAGCUUCCAACCUGCAGGAAGUUCUGAGGUUCUGCCCUCUGUGGAUUCCUGGCCCUCUGAGGAUCUUUGGUCAAUGAUGGCUGGUGCAGUCGAGGACGAUGGGGGAGAAGUGCUGCCCGAAGAACUGUCUUUCCUUUCCAAUGCUAUUGCCCUCCCUUUGGACAGUGGUCUUGCGCCUGCAGGGUCCUCUUCACACUCUGCAGACCCCUCACUUGAGGUUUCACCCCUCCACCAGGACUCUGAGUCUAGACCAUUAUCCCGUUCUAAUGUGCUGGGAGACCAGAAACAAAUCCUUGCCCAACGCCCACCCUGGUCUCUCAUCAACAGGAUUCGAAAGCCGCUUCUGCCUGGUCACCCCUGGGGGACCCUGAAUCCCAGUGUGUCCUGGGGAGGUGGAGGUCGUGGAACUGGGUGGGGAACAAGGCCCAUGCCAUGCCCUGUGGGAAUCUGGGGCAAUAAUAAAUGCCCAAGUACUAGCUGGGGGAAUAUUAAUCAGUAUCCAGGGGGCAGCUGGGGGAGUAUUAAUCGGUAUCCAGGAGGCAGCUGGGGGAAUGUUAAUCUACAGCCAGGUAUUAUUAAUCGAUUUCCUCCCAGAGUUCUCAAUCCCCCUGGCUCUUCCUGGAACAUCCCAGCUGGCUUCCCCAAUCCUCAAAACCCUCAGUCAUAGUGGGGUUAGGAGAAUGACAAAGAGGGAAAACCCUAGGUUGGAAGUCAGAGAAGGGAGUCCUGCUCCUUCCUCUUGCAGUGUGAGCUAAAUCAAGAUUCAGUCAGCAUGUUUUCUAGCAUCAUCUCCACUUUUCAUUGCACCCCCUGCUCCCCUCAUGAUGGUUUCAAAUAAACACAGCAGUUAUUGAA